AUGAUGGAGGGAAGAGGUGUUUGUGCGGUCCACGUGGGCCAUAAAGUGGCCAUGGCUAGUAGUGAUGUUGGCCUCAACGGCCCCCAAGUCAGUGGUGGAAACCCAGUGCGUAGUGUGGAAUCCUUGCUAGAUAUCUGUGCCAAAAUCGUGGCUGAACACAUACCGUUCCAGCGGAUAGAGGAACGAUACAGCCGAAUCCCAGAGCCCGUUCAGCGUCGGAUCAUCUACUGGUCUUUUCCGAGGCAUGAGGCCGACAUCAGGAUGUACUCUUGCUUCUCGUCCGUGGGGAGCGACCAACAGAACCUCCCUUUCUACCGAGGACUCCGGCUGGUCGAGUCCGGGAUGGUAGAGAGUGUGUUACAAGUCGGUGAGUGACAAAAGGCGAUCCUUAAUGAAGAAAGACGAGAGAGCCAAGAAGGUAUUGGUAGCAUGCAGGGCGUUUGGAGACGCAAGGGAUGAUUACCAUUAUAAAGUACACAAAUAGAUUGUAGCGUGAAG